AUGGGAAUCUCGGCAGUCUCCAUUGUAAUAUGGCUCACCUCGCUGCUUAUAAUAUUUCACAAAAAACUUCAAGUUCAAGUGAAACCGAUUCCGAGCGCCAUUGUUCUUUUCAUUGGCAGUGCAUUCCAAGUGAUUGCUCUCAUCGUCCUUAUUGCAUUUUUGUUCCUUUCCGAAUUGGUUGUCACUUUUCAAAUGCUCCAUGAUGCUGUUUUGUUUUUAAUAGUGUCGAUUUGCAUAACCAUUGUGUUUUCAAUAAUCACUGCAAUUCUCGUAAUGAAAGUAACCGAAGUUCCCACAUCAUCUUCUCGCGUCUAA